GGGGUCGUCAUGCGUCACGACGCGUUCUUCUACUGUAGACUCAUGUUCUCACUUUACGCCACAAGCGCUCGUUAGGACAACGACUUCUGCCUUGGAUCAAGUAAAUAUUGGCUCUUAGUUACUGCCCCCCUCUCGAUACGUUGCAUGACCAUUGACUCGCGCCACGUCGAGGCUCUCAAUAUUCAAUCCUGCCCAAUUAACGAAACCUCAUUAAACUCAAUACGACAGAGUCGGACAGACAUCGAAGUUGGCUCGCUUUAUGAUCAACUUUCAUACAUUAUUUCAGCGAUGAAAGUUAACAGCUUUUUAUCCCCUUCGUAAGCCAAUGAGAAUAUUUUAUUGGUCUUCCUUGAGGACGACAUGUCUUUAUUUCAAUCGAAAAAUUAUCGCGUAUGCUCUCAAGUAUAAGGUCAAUGCAAGGAAAAUGCUGAAGAAUGACGGAUGACUACCUUUUCCUCAAGUCGCUUUUUUUAAUUUCUGGGACGUGAUUGAGGGACCUAUGAAAACGGAGCGAUCAGUUGACGACUAUCUAUCCUCUGCCCGUACACAGUUCCUUUGGUCCCUGGCCCCACUAUCAAGGAGACUGUUGAUGGAAGCCCUGAACUGGGUCGUUGUUGGUUGGCCUGUUCCUCCCUACGAUCACGAAUGCAUGCCGACUCUGUGGUAUCAAUGUUACCUGCUCGUCGAAGGAUCACCGGACAUAAGGCUAUCCGAGUGGAAGACAAUGGUCCGAUAAUAGGAAUAUUUACACAAGAUAUCGACACCUCUGGUAGAGGGGUAGAUGAAUGCACGCUAAACGAGACCGAGCGCCGUCUUCGCCACAUCCGUGCAGUCAUU